GGUGGUGGGGGGUGGCAAGAAGAAAGGGAGCGAGUGGAAGGGAGCUGCGUGCGCAUUGGCACUUUCAUUUGUAACAACAGAGGCGGGGAGACGGCGGCGUUGCUGAGCGUGCUGCAGAGGAUCAAGUUUCGCUUUUGCAGGGAAGAUCAUUCACGCAUGGUUGUGUUUGGAACAACCAAAAAGACAACAACGUUCAAAUGUCAGCGAUUACCAACACCUCCUACGCCGCUGCUGUACGCGCAGCGGUAGCAAGCAGUGGGCUCGCCGUUGUAGCAGUCCUUAUUUUCUAAUUGUCUUGGGUUGUUAUUUUUUUUUUAAACAAGAGCAAGGUUAGGGGAAGGGCUCUGUAGCCGAGUUUAUAUAUAUAUUUUUAGAAACGUUGAUUAUCAGUGGAAGUGCUCGUAUAGUUGUACGUAUUACACAUUCGUUCAGCAAUUACAAAGCCAAUAAGGGCACACAUCGCGUAAGAUAUUACCCAUACACGGUGGACUCGUACAUUAGGCACAAACACAAUAUACUAACAUUCAGUAAGCACGUACACCGUAAGGGCGAAAAAUAAUAGCUACAAACAACAGGCACCGCAGUACGUGCAUACUGUAACAGGCACUCUCACGGGCGGGCAGGCAGGCGCGCACACACACAACCAAGACACAUCUACCCGGCACACAGAUAUACAUUACACACACACAGUAGGUAAGCAGGCAACAGAGACAUCUCAAAUAGACACAGCCACAACACACAGACGCACAGUGGUGCGGCAGGCAUGAUGUCCGAGGUGCGGGUCUCCCCCAGCGGCAGCGGCGGCAGCAGCAGCAGCAACGGGGGCAGCCCGGGCGAGGAGGAGGCGGCGGCGGCGGCGGCGUUGCGGGGCUCCCGCCGCUCGCCCGUGCUACCCCGUACCGCCGUCUGCCGCAGCCUCUUCGGCUCGCCUGAGCACGGCGAGGUGGAGAAGGAGCUCAAGGAAACCCUCGCCGCCUUAGCCGAGGACCACAGGCGCCGCUGGAACUUCGACUUCGAGGGCGACAGGCCGCUGCGCGGACGAUUCGAGUGGGAGGCGCUGGACGGGGCGACCGUGCCCGGGUGUUACCGGACGAGACCGCUGUCCAACAACAACAACAGCAACAACAACAACAGCAGCAGCAGCAGCAACCCCAAUCUAGGACUGGUUUCGAACGGCAACCCUGGCCUCCUGACACCGGCACUGGCUGCAACCCGAGCGGACCGUCCGCAAUCCCACGGUGAUGACGGCAACCAGAGCAUCACCGCCACGGUUACUACCACUACGGCCGCCGCCACCACCACCACCACUCCUACUGCCAACAACAGUACUAACAACAACAACAACAACCGUAAGAACACUGACAGCAGCAGCGGCGACAGAGGAGAUGCAUUUAGCACGAAGAGCGUCCUUCGAGAUGAAUCUCCUCGCCGAGGCGAAGAAGACGAACACGGACGACAACCUGGGCGAGGCGGGCCAUCGGCCGGAGGCGAUGGAGCAACAGGACCUGGUGGAGGAUCUUCUGGAGGUGACGGCAGUGCCGGGACUUCGCCCGCAGGAGGUGAAGCAUCGUCGUCAUCUGCGGACGUCGAGAUGAUUCCCCGGGACCGCUCUGCCUCCGCGUGCCACGACCGGACGAGGCAGACGUCCGACGCGUACAGCCAUCACAAGCGAGGCUCGGCCCUCAUGGGUCCCAGGCUUCCACUGCCGAAGAGAGGAGCGCUCAGGACUUGGAUGACGAUUACGAGCGCCAGCACACUCAGGGCGACAAUACAAGACAUGAAAGACAAUUUUGAGCACUGGACAGAUGGAAACCUUACAUGGGGAAGGCACAGAUAAUAUGCGUUGCCUAGCAUCCUCGGCCAAUGAAAAGGCUGGUCCAUCGACUUAAGUUACUAAUUUAAACAUGGCAAGACUGUGCAAUUUUUUUUUGGGUAUGCUUUGUGGGAUUUUUUUUAAUGUUCUUUCGAAGUUUAGUGUCAUCUUAAGAUGUAGCAAAGACAGCUUGAAGACAAUGUUUAAGCUAUAUGAUGUUUAUUCAUUUUAAGUACAGCUCUAAGCCAUGGAAUACAAUAAUUUAAAAGUGAUUUUUUAUCAAUAUAAAUUUUUUUAAUUAAAUAUUAUUUUCAUGGUAACAUCCAUAAGUCUAAAAUAGAUAUAUAAAAUUAUAUAAAUACAGCUGAGUUAAUGCUGUAAUUUGUACAGUUUCUGAUGAAGGCCUGUAUAAUGUUUUGAUCCCUUGCACACUUUCAUUAAAAACAUUCUGGAGGAUAAUUUUUAAUUUUCUCAAAAUCCAGGUUAAAAUUAGCAGUAAACAUUAAGGCAUGUCUCCUUAAAGGUGAUAACUGUAAACCCAUUUUUUCACUUGCUUUUAUACAUUCACUUAAUACUUUGUUGUAAUGUUUUGGAAGAAUAACCCUUUAAACCAAGGUGCACUAUUUUUGUUUGUAUUUUGACGGUUUAUAAAUAGUAUGAGCAGAUGUUUUUUUGUUUAAUGUUUUUAUUUCCUUUUUAUUACCAAUAUCGAUGACAAAGAUCAUGCUUUAUUUAAAAUCUAAGCAGCUGGAAUACCCUCUAUCCACGUGUGUAUAAAUAUGUUGUUUAGAAAGUGGCUAUUCAUGACUAAUUUAUUUAUAAAUUAUAAGGCGCUUUUUCAGCGUAGUCCUGAUUUACAAAAAGGUUGUUGAAAGCCAAAGUGGCAACAAGAUGUUAUUUCUUAUUUGCCUUUAAUUUUUUUUAAAUCCUUUGCGUGCAGGUAGUGUAUGGUAGAGCUUUGCUUUGUUGAAUGCUGAGCCAAGCUUGGGAGAAUUGUUUUUUUUUGUGUGUGUGUGUUUUCCUGAGUUUGUGCGAGCUCUUGUGUGUGUUUUGUCAUUGAAGGUUUUUAUUUUUGUAGUUAAAAACAAAUUUCUUGUACAUGACUGCUUUGGAAAAAUUAUUUAUUUGAAUAAACGGCACUGUUACGCAUGUAACAUAUAGGGUUUCUUGUUUUUUUCCCCAUUGUCAUAAUGAGCCGAUCUUUUCACCUUUCAGUUAUUAGUUUGGAGUUGCACAUUGCCUCAAAUCAGUAUGUUUUGUGAGUGUUAUUUAUUGUCAGUAAAAAAGCACUAAUUUUACCCUGUAUCACGAACACCAUCCUACAAGAAAUGUUAAAUAAACUAUUUUAUUAUAAUCCUG